AUGCCCAGCCUAUCAAUCGCUCUACAGCCCGUUACGUGGGUGGAGGCAUCUGAGAGAAGCUUCGAUUCCGCAGACCCAUCCAGCUUCCAGGCCCACAUCUCUCGAAGCUUAAGCAGUCCUGAUGCUGAUGCAUGGAUUGACAUCACGUACGUGCUGCGCUUCAACGGUGACACGGGGGAAGGCAAGCGGGCAGAGAAAUACAAAAGAGUGCCGCUGUCCAAGAACGCGACGCUUCAGCUUGCAGGGCUGCUAAACGAAAGCUUCGGCGCUGACACGCAUCAGGAUCCUGUCCGCAUCCCUGCGGCCAGCAGCCAGACCUUGAGAGUGAACGCCAACAUGGAAGUUCAGUACGCGGGCCAUGACGUUGACCUCUUGCUCACAUUCCGAUCCAGCGAGUCCAAUCUCGUGCUCGGGAGGAAUUCCCAUGGGCGAGAUAGAGGGAGCCAGCAACACUCAGCGCCAGUCCGCGGAGUCUGGCUUCUGUCCAGAGACACCCUCGCCUGCUGGGAGAAAGAGGCCAGCCCCCAAGAAGGCGAUUCUGACGCUGAAGGCCAAAGUGGUCGCGACUGCCGCAUAUCGCAACUUGUGGCAAGCGAGAAGAGCGCUCCAGCACCCAUGGGCUAUUCCGGCUCUUGGGGCGUUAUGGGCAUCUACUUGGGCGUGGUUUAUGCCGUCGGCCGGCUCCUUCGAGCUGCAUUCCAGGAUGCCUCCAAGCGAGUCAUUUACGAGGAGAUGCCUGACGUUCAGCUGCUCCAGGAUCUUUGCAACGGCAUUUACAUCGCGCGAAUCCAACACCUCCUCAAGACAGAGUUCAAGCUGUACUACCAGUUGAUGAACAUCUACCGUAGCCCGGAACUCCUCCUCAGCGUCACCGGCACAUUCGGGGCCCAGAAGAUUGAUGGCGAGAUCGAUUUUCUGGCUGAGCUCGAUGACGACCACCUUGGCUUUGACAGCGGAGGUGCCAGGGCCGGGCUCGAGUCACGGCAAAAAUCCCCUGAAGCAGCUGGAUCUGCAGAGGCCGUGGCUGGAGCAGCUGCUGCUAUCAACGCGGCUCCUCCCAAAGAAGCUGAGCACGGAGAUGAGGAAACAUAUUCGGUGCCACAAGCGCCAGAAAGCACAGACGUCGAUGAAGACUUGAGGCAAAUCCAGGAGAUUCAGGAGGAGCUUGACCAUCACUUCGGAGACGUGCCCAUGCCAAGCGUGGGCAGGUUUGCAGGAGUGGCGGAAUCUGAGAUGCCCCUCGGUGAUGUUGCACCAGCCACGGAGUAUGGAGGAGUCAGCCCCACAACUUCCCCGGCAAGCGAACUUCGGCGCAGACAUCUCCAGGCAGCAUCAGGCGUUCUGGGGAAUGGCAGCAGCCGAUUGGAGAUGUAA